AUGUCAACAACAGAGAACACAACAACUGCUAUCGUUCAUGAAGAUAUAAAUGAAGAAUACGAGUGGGUUCAGUAUAACAAACAGUUACGUCUCAUUCGUUCGGUCAAAGAUGACAUGUACCAAAUGCAAAGUAUUUUGACAGCAUGUUUUGCUCCAGAUACCAAACAUACAGACGAUUGGUUCAAAAACCAAAGCACACAAGAACUUUUGAGCGAAGCACAGCGAGACAGACUUUUUUCGGGGUCGCCAAAACUCUAUGAAAAUCGUAAAAAUUUGCCAAAUGGUUUGAGAGGUUGGUAUGUACAUAGACUUCUUGUAAAUAAUGUGGCACAAUGGGCUUCAGCUCGCUAUGCUUGGUAUAUUUGCAGACUUCUUGACGAACUUCAUAGACAAGAACGUGAAGAGCUAGAGAACAAGCUUGAAGCAAAAGACAAAAACAUACAGAAAAGAAUACCACGUUCGGUACCAAAAGGAAAGGAAAAGAACUAUAAGUAUAUGAUUUACACUGAAGAGAUGGAAAAUGAAGAAGACAGAGAUAUGGUUAUGUUGCAUUUAGUCAGAAGAAACAACAAAAGCUUUUACGACUUAGCUAAGAUUUACAAAUCUGACAGAAAUUGGUUCUAUCGCGAAAACUUACCGAUUUCAAUGACACCAAAUGAAGAUGUUAAACAGAUAGUUCAAGAUACGUUACCUCAAAACACUAUGA